AUGUCACUGGUACAGACGAACGCUUGGGCCAAGUCUAGACGAAAUCCCCUACAAAGUCACAGCUAUCUUCCUAUCUCUUUUCAUAUGAAUCUUUCUCUAUAUACUCGAAGCUUUCUACGGAAAACGAUAUCUGGAAGGUCAACAAGUCAAAUGAGUCUUCUUACACCAAUCGCCCGGGAGUUUCGAACGUUAGCACAAUGUCCACAACUUGCCAUUGCUGAAGCAGAGGACGAUAUCGAUAUUAGAACUAAAUAUCGUCCUUUCUUGCUAGAUCCUGAAACGGAAGCUACAGAUUGGAUUUCUCAGUUGGAGUUGAACUCUGUAGUUACCCAAGUGGAAGAAAACUUAGUGAAGACUAGCUCUAGACUAAAAGUCUUAGUUCUCUAUGGAAGUUUGCGGCAACGAUCCUAUUCGAAAUUAAUGGCUUUUGAAGCUUCCCGAAUUCUCCACCGUCUCGGCUGCGAUGUUCGAAUGUUCAACCCAAAAGAUCUUCCCAUUCGAGACUCAGUCGAUGCCUCUCAUCCCUCAGUCCAAGAACUCCGAGAACUUUCCCUUUGGUCCGAUGGCCAUAUUUGGUGUUCCCCCGAACAACAUGGAAAUCUAACUGCUGUUUUCAAGAACCAAAUUGAUUGGAUCCCACUUGCCACCGGCUCGGUUCGUCCAACUCAAGGCCGCACGUUAUCGGUAAUCCAAGUUAAUGGCGGCUCUCAAAGCUUCAACGCAGUCAAUAGUCUUAGGAUUUUGGGGAGAUGGAUGAGAAUGUUCACAUGUCCUAAUCAGAGUAGUUUGCCGAUGGCGUGGAAACAAUUCGAAGACGAGGGGGGCGAUGGCAGUGGAAAGGCGAGAUUACUGCCAAGUGGAAAUAGAGAGAGGUUGGUUGAUUGUAUGGAGGAGUUUGUUAGAUAUACGAUUAUCAUGAGGCCUCACUUUGAGAUUUUCGGGGAUAGAUUCAGUGAGAGAAAGGAGAGAGCAGAGAAGGAGAGGAAGAAAAAUGAAGUUCCUGUAGAUAAGAUUUGAGAUGUAGAUUUCGCUUCAGUACAACAAUUAUAGAAUGAGCUUUGGGUUUUUCCUUGCGUCAAUAAUUUUUAUCGUCUCACUCUCUCCAAGCCAAGCCCGCUAUUCUACGCCAGC